AUGUCUCUCGCGCUCAGGCGCGGCUUGAAAAUGGCGGCCUCUCCACCAAAGGACCCCUUGAUUAUGAUCAUCGGUGCAACCGGCACCGGCAAGUCGAAGUUGGCGGUCGAAUUAGCCACCAGAUUCAAUGGCGAAAUCAUCAAUUGUGACGCUAUGCAAAUGUACAAAGGGCUUCCGAUUAUCACCAACAAGAUCCCCGAGAAUGAGCAGAAUGGAAUCCCCCACCACUUGCUCGACUUCAUCGGCCUCAGGGAGAAACUAUGGACGGUGCAGCAGUUUGUCAAGGAGAGCUCGCGCAUUAUCGACGAGAUUCGAGCCAGGGGUCGCCUUCCGAUAGUGGUGGGCGGGACGAUUUACUACACGUUUUCCUUGCUCUUCGAGGAUGCUAUCCUUACUCCCCACCAGGACGAGCAGCGGCCAAAGCACGAUGCAAUGGAGAAAGACGAAGAGUUUCCCAUCCUGUCGGCUUCGACGGAAGAGAUCUUCGCGAAACUGCAGGAGGUCGAUCCUGAGAUGGCGAAGAGGUGGCACCCUAAAGACCGAAACAAGAUCCGGCGAUCUCUCCAGAUAUAUCUCCAGAGUGGGAGAAAGGCUUCCGAUAUAUACGCUGAACAGCGUCAAGCUUCGUUGGAUGAUCGGAACAGAGUUACUGCGGACAGCACCGAUAUGCAUGGUGGUGGCAUCCUGGGCGAUCGUAAAAUGAAACUACGAUAUGCAAGUCUGAUCUUAUGGUUGGAAGCCGAGGACACCGUGUUGAAGCGGAGACUGAAUGACCGAGUUGACACCAUGGUUGCGAACGGAUUGUGUGACGAAGUUCUGCAAAUGGCAAAGUUGGAAGAGGACUUCAAACAAGAGGCAGAGCCAGUUGACCUCGCUAGCGGCAUCUGGGGAUCGAUUGGCUAUAAAGAAAUGAAGCCCUGGCUCGAGUUGCACCAAACGUUGAAUCCCGAUCCUGCAAAAGUAACGGUAGCAGAGCGUGAGGGUAUAGACACUGUGAAAGCGAGCACCAGACGCUAUGCUAAACGUCAGAACCGAUUUGUUCGCCUUCGGCUGGCAAAAGCUCUGAGCGCUGCCGGCAGGCUUGAUCUACUGUACCUUCUCGACUGCACUGAUCUAAUCCGGUGGGAGACCGCCGUGACAGAGCCAGCACAAGCGCUUGUGGACCCUUUCCUCAAAGGAGACGAACUACCCAAAGCGAGGUCCCUCUCGACCAUGGCGGAGAGGGUACUCUCACAGAUUGAGGAGUAUGAUGAUGAUGUCCGCGAAGCCAGAACCUGCCAGGUGUGCCAGAAGACACUUAUGACUGGUAAAGAGUGGAGGGCACAUCUUACCAGUCGCAGCCACAAGAAGGUUGUCGCCUGGCACCGCAACCGCCAACCCGUGGCGUUCGGGGAAAGUGACGGAAGCCAGCAAGUACAAAUACCGACUUCUCCAGGUUGA